CCAUAAGCCACCAUGGCUUCCUCAUUCCAUUGCAUCCGAAUUGCAUUAUUAAUAAUCUCCUUUUCCGUUUGCGUCCUCGCGCAGUAUGAGAAAUAUAACUUUCGCAGUUUCCCACGACACGAGCUGAUGCCGCUGGACUCCGCGUACCGACAUGCGUUAGACCUGUACAGUGAGGAGAAGUGGAAGGAGAGCGUGGAGUUUCUGGAGGUCAGUCUGCGGCUCUACCGGCUGCUCCGGGACAGCGAGGCCUUCUGUAACCUCAACUGCAGCUCGGUCAGACUCGACGAUGAGACCCGUUUCAGCGACUUUCCCGAGCUGCAGGCCUUCGGUAAUGUGAUGAAGAGAGCUCAGUGUUUGAAGAGGUGCAAACAGGGGCUACCAGCCUUCAGACAGACCCUCCCCAGCCGGGACACCGUCGAUGAGUUUGAUAAACGGGAGCCAUACAAGUACCUGCAGUUCGCCUACUUCAAAAGUGAUAAUUUGGCCAAAGCGGUAUCCGCUGCACACACAUUCCUGCUGAAGCAUCCUGAUGAUGAGAUGAUGCAGAGAAACAUGAACUACUACAAGAGUUUACCAGGAGCUGAGGACCAUCUGAAAGACCUGGAGACCAAAUCAUACGAGAUGCUGUUCAUUCGGGCCGUGCGAGCGUAUAAUGGAGAUAAUUUCCGAACGUCGGUGUCAGAUAUGGAGCUGGCACUGAGAGACUUUUUUAAGGUAUACGAUGAAUGUAUCGCCGCAUCAGAAGGAUCCAGACAGAUUAAAGACUUUAAAGACUUUUACCCGUCCAUCGCAGAUCAUUACUCGGAGGUUCUGGAGAGGAAGGUUCGCUGUGAGAGCGAGCUUACGCCGGUUGUUGGAGGAUUUGUUGUUGAGAAAUUUGUGGCGACUAUGUAUCACUACCUGCAGUUUGCCUAUUAUAAAUUGAAUGACCUGAAGAACGCAGUGCCGUGUGUGUCCAGCUACAUGCUCUUUGACCCCAGUGAUGAGGUGAUGAGGAAUAACGUGGAAUAUUAUCGCUUCCACAGAGAAAAAUUUGGCCUCGACGAUGAGGACUUCUUACCUAGAGCGGAAGCAGUGCGGUAUCAUAAUCAGACGACGCUACAAAUGCAGAUGCUGGAAUUCGCCAAACAGAAGUUCAUGCCAGAUGAUGAGGGUGAAGUUGUAGAGUUUCUUGAUGAAUAUCUGGAUGCUGGGGAUGAAUAACUGAUUGUGUGAGUUUGAAAUAAAUGUGAAAAAGACCAGAAAGGUAUUCCUCGUCCUGUAGUGUUGUUGCUGUUGUAUUUAUUUAGGGUUUGGUGAUUGGAAUUGUUGAUAUUUUUAGUUUUUACUCAUUAUUUUAAAAAACGUCCUAGCACAGCACAGUCUAAACUCGUGCACCACAAGCCAAAAGAUAAUAUAUCUGAAUCUCAGUCCCUGUCAACUUACUGUAUCUCAGAGAAAACAAUGUUCUGUGUUUUUAUUUUCUCAGAUUGCUUUAAUAAAGACUUGAAUACAGUAAAAA